UCAAAUUUCACCAGAAUCAAAACAAAAAUGUUUCCAUUCAUGUCGAUAGUCUCUGCUUUAUUCAAGAUUUUUGGUUUGUUUUAGUGAAUAUUGAAGCAAGAGAGAUCCGAUUUGUCAUGGAAAUUCAAACUCUUACGCUGGAACAGUGGAUGUGCCGGAUCUGCCUCGGUAAGGGCAGUUACAAAAUCUUUGAAGACCAACUAUCUAUAACGACAAAUCUGUCGCCAUCGAACGAUAAUCAAGGACAUCCAGAAGGAUUUCGCUUGGCUGUUAACGAUGCGAUCACCAUAGUCGAUGCGCUCAAUUGUUUCAGCGAGUUCAAGAUUUCCCCGUCAGAAAUUGACAACGAACCGAUCAUGCUGUGCGAGCGCUGCUGUAGUGAACUUUUGCGAUGCUACAAUUUUCGAAUCAAAGUUCACGACGCAGAGUCUCUUGUGCGAAGAAAUUGUGCAAUCCGCAGUUUUGUUACGGAAGAAGAGGAGGGUAAAACUGGACUUACCCUACAACUUGCAAACGUAGAUCCGUCCCUGGAGGACGAUGACGAAUCAAGCGAUGCUUCCGCAGAUCUCACGUCAGAACCCGAUUCACUGGCAGAUUUGGUAAAGCCUGGAAAGGUACACUACGCUAAGCCUCGAUUCCAGCUUACAAAUCAGGUGAGCAGUAUUUUAAGACAUGUUACUGCUAGUAGCAUUUCUUUCGAGGGGAAACGUAAAGAAUCGGAAGAGCCAAUAUGUUCUUCCACGCCGACAAAGGUGCAGCGUAAAGAUAACGAGGAUAGACAACUAGAGAAGACGUUGGUUGUUCCUAACUUUAUUUUUACAAGUGAGAUGAAAGACUCCGAGAAGAAAAACGUACUACACGUUGAAAAAACAACAAUUUCUCCGUCAAGUCGAAUCUUCAGCGAGAAAGAUGUUGAUCGGGUCGAAUCACAUGGUAUAUUCUAUUGCACGCACUGUCCCAAAACUUUUUCCAGGCCCCAUCACUUGUCGGUUCACAUCAGAAGUGCCCACCUUUGCCAACAUUGCCUGAAACAUUUCCCCAACGUUUUCGUUAGAAACGAGCACAUCAUGGAGGAUCAUAAAACAUUUAGGUGUUCGAUGUGCAGUUUUCAAUCACAGUGCUCCGACAAGUUGGGGGCCCAUCUGAAAGAAAGUCACGCAGUGAACUUAUCGGCUCAUGGUUCAAUUCUUCCAGUAGAAGCGGGUUCGAGUGAAAAUAAAUGAUAUUUGCAGGGUAUCUAUAA